AUGUCGCGCCGCCCAGCAAAAGGCGACUACAUCGAAACCGACACAGGCAACAAAGUCGCCCGCAAAGCCAUCCUCGUCGGCACCCAAAACAUCAUGCUGGGCGGCAAAACCGUCAUCCAGCCCGAGGUCAUGAUCCGCGGCGAUCUCGUCCGCACCGCCCCCUCGUCCUCGUCCUCCGCGCCCACGAGCUCCACCGCCGUCGCCAUCGGCCGCUACUGCUUCCUGUCGCGGGGCGUGCUGCUCCGUCCGCCGGGCCGCCUGUACAAAGGGGUGUACACGUACAUGCCGCUCCGGCUGGGGGACCACGUCUUCAUAGGGCAGAACACGGUGGUGCAGGCUGCGACGAUAGGGAACCACGUUUCCAUCGGGCGGGACUGCACGGUGAAUGAGUUUGCGAUUGUGAAGGACUAUGUCAAGAUUUUGGAUGGGAGCGUCGUGCCGUCGUUUAUGGUUAUUCCGAGCUUUUCGGUCGUGGCGGGGCAGCCGGCGAGGGUGGUGGGCGAGGUUCCUGAGGGGGGGUUGGAUGAGUUUGAGCUGAGGGAGAUGUAUAAGACUGUUGGGAAUAAUCCGCAGAUGGUGGCUUAG